AUGGUCCCCAACGUUGACGAGGCGGAUAACCUCGCCCGCAUGGAGCGGGGCGAGCUGUACUAUGCAUUCACCCCCAAUCUUGUGGCAGCCAGACGACGCUGUGGCGAAGCAGUCGGCCGGUUCAACAGGGCAGGCGACUUGACCAGGCGAGAAAUAGCACAGCAUUGGAAAGAGAUAACGAAUGACGACACUCCUCUCCCUGCCCCUGGCGCCUCGACUGAGGAAGACGACCAAGUGUUGCAGAGUUAUCCCUGGAUUGAGAGGCCCAUCAACAUCGAUUAUGGAACAAACAUAAAAGUUGGCGUGAAUGUUUUCAUCAACUUCAACUGCACCAUAAUCGAUACGUGCCUUGUAUCCAUUGGGUCCCGAACCAUGUUUGGCCCAAAUGUCUCUCUCUACAGCGGGACUCACCCCCUGGACCCGGACCUGCGGGAUGGCACGAAUGGCCCGGAAUAUGGAAAGCCUGUCACGAUCGGAGAUGACUGCUGGCUGGCAGGAAACGUCAUCAUCCUUCCUGGUGUGACGAUAGGCAAUGGCUGCGUAGUUGGAGCAGGGAGCGUGGUGACCAAGGACGUCCCACCUUACCAUGUAGUUGCUGGAAAUCCUGCUAGAGUUCUGAGAAAGAUUGAGAGAAAGCAGAAAUAA